CAUCCCUCCCUAGUCUUUUCAGAGCUUUUCAUAAUGGCUGAGCUCAAUAAGAAACCUCUUAACAUUGUUAUGUUUACAUGGCUAGCUUUUGGUCAUAUCAUUCCUUUCCUUGAGCUUUCAAAAUGUUUAGCUCAAAGAGGCCACAAAAUUUCAUUCAUUUCUACUCCUAGAAAAAUCUUCAUAGACUUCCUAAAAUUCCUUCACAUUUCCACAACAGAUUGUCCUCAUGAUAAAAUCCAGUAUCUCAAGGUUGCAUUUGACGGUCUUAGUUUACCAUUUGCUCAGUACUUGGAAACUUGUGACACUUCACCUGAUUGGAUCAUUCAUGAUUUUGCUCAUCACUGGUUACCUCCAAUUGCUGCAAAGUUCGGCAUUCCGUGUGCUUAUUUGAGUGUCUUCAAUGCAUCGUCUAUGACUUUCUACGGCCCGCCUGCUGUUUUGAUGGGUGAAGAUGGAGGUUCCAGAUCACUUCCUGAACAUUUUACUGUUCCUCCUCCAUGGGUGCCAUUUCCUUCUUAUAUUGUUUUCCAUCCCUUUGAAGCCAAUAAGGCUUUUGAUAUCGUGGAAAAUGCUUCUGGUGUGUCUGACUCGUUCCGGUUCGGGUGUGUUCUCAAGAACACGGAUGCUAAGAAACCCGUUAUCCAAAUGGGGAGUUUAUUGCCUCCUUUGCCUUCAGAGGAAGAAGAAAAGAAUGAAGCCUGGGUGGAAAUCAAACAAUGGCUAGAAAAACAAAAGGAAGGAUCUGUUGUUUAUGUUGCGCUUGGCAGUGAGGCAACACUAACUCAGCAAGGAAUGCACGGGUUGGCAACCGGAUUAGAACCGUCCAACUUGCCUUUCUUCUGGGUGAUAAGAAAACCACUGGGUUCAACUCAGGAGGAUUAUUUUAACACGAUGUUGCCGUCCGGGUUCGAGGACCGGGUCAAAGGUCGUGGAAUUCUGUGGAAAGGUUGGGUACCUCAGCUUAGGAUUUUAAGUCACCUCUCAGUUGGUGGUUUCUUGACACAUUGUGGUUGGGGUUCAACUACUGAGGGUCUUGGUCUGGGAAAACUUUUACUCCUUUUACCUAUGCUGUAUGAUCAGGGAUUGGUUGCCAGGUUGGUACAUAGCAGGAAAAUUGGUCUGGAGAUACCUAGGGAUGAACGAGAUGGAUCGUUCACGAGGGAGUCGGUGGCCGAGUCACUGAGGAUUUUAAUGGUGGGUGAAGAGAGUGAGAAGUUUAAGAUCAAAGCUAGAGAAAUGAAAGAGUUGUUCACCGAUAUGGAACCGCAAAAUGGGUACAUAGAUGAUCUUGAGCGCUUCAUGAUAGAUUAUGGAAAUGGCAAGAGGAAUGCCAGUUCAGCUGUCAUUGAUACCACUGAACCAGAACCUGCAUUUAAUGAUGAUGUUGAGUGCCAUCUAAAAGAAGAUACGGAUGCCAAGAUCAAUGUCACUGAUACCAAUAUCAUCACAUCUGAAUUUGAAAAAUUAGAUGUUAGUGUCAAUGCCAAUUCUAACAUCACUAAGUCUCCAACAGUUAACAAUGACAUGCUGAAGAAAUUGGAAACUGCUUAAAAUUGUUGUUAAUCAAAAUCUUUAAUAAGGAAUGGAUGGAGCUUACUCAGUUUAUUGUUUUCUGUUCCUCCUUUAAAUGCCUGGUUUGCUAGUUUUGUUUUUUGUUUUUUUACUAAGAUUUCUGGUUUGAU